CACCGGUGCACCGUUACUCAGUUCUGUGUGUUAACGGACUGCGCUUCCCAUAAAUAAACUACCAGCAGAAAACUAAUCGAAUCAUCUCGGGACGGAGCCAUGAAGAAGUAUCAUCACUUGCUCGUCUGUCUCGUGCUGUGCAUCGUCACCAUCCCGCAGCGUGGUGACACAAACCCUUGGCCGGACUUUGCGGUCCCCGCACGCAUGACCGGAGUCGGUAGCGGGAGCCUCGAUUCGACUGGGAACGUGGUACAAAACACGAACCGCGUCCUGAACCUGCUUGACCAGUUCCAAUCGAUCACCGAAACACUGUACGGGCUGCAAACUCCCGAACUGUACCGGUUGGCAACGGGCUUUCGGUUGGUGCUGGACAGUUUGGUCGAGUCGGGCAGUCCCAUCUUUCAGGGGCUCUCGAAUGCGGCCCGCCUUUCCAGCGGUAACAUAACGACCGUCUUCGAUGGAAUCCGCCAGAGCAUCAAUGCAACGAUUGCACUGAACGAGCUGCACCAGGCAGCAAUCAACGGGACGAGUCUGUUGCUCGGUACGGCGGGUGUACAAAACAUUUCCACCGUGCUGGACCAACUGGUGCGUAAUGUGGCCAACCUGAGCGUUACGCUGGACGAGAUAGAACCGGCACUGGUUGAGAUACAGCAGUUGGUCCGCCCGAGCCAAGCGCUGGUGGACAGUCGGUAUCCGCGGGACGGCAUUCGGAAGCUGAACGGUAUCCUGCUGGACUACGUCAACAUUGGGCGGUCGACGGUACCGCAAAUCAACGCCGUUGUCAAUCGUAUCCGAAUGAUGGAUGGUUUUAUCACCCGGCUAGCGUCGGUAACGGGUGGGUUGCGAAGCUAUCUGAACAGUACGCUCGCCACUGUGAACGGGACCAUCUACAACGGGGUCCAGCUACGACUGCAGAACGCGCUGCGUACAAUUCGUACCAACUUUAACGGGACAGUUACGAGCACUACGAGAAAACUGAAACAGUUCUUUCUAGAUGAUCUGGAAUCGGUACAGCUAGCGGCAAGGAAUGCGAGCGGGCUGCUUGUCAAACGUCUCACCAAUGUCACCGAAUUGUUGGAUGAAGUUGCCAACAACACCACGGUGGUGAUGGAGGGCCACGAGACGGAAUGGGUGAUGAAUCGUACCAUCGCAAUCGUCACAGAGCUUGCUUGGAGGAUGGCACUGUCCGUUACCUCCUCGGUACCGGGGGCGGAUAGUUGCUUUGCGAAGUUUAACUACGAGUACGACAAGAUACCGCGGCUUAUCUACGGAUCGCUGGUGAGCUGCGGUCAGGGUGAGGCUCGCUCACUGCAGAGCGUAGCGAAUGCACUGGUCGGGUACUUGGGAGUUGUACAGGCACAGCUCACCUCGGAAGCGGAUCAAUACAAUCAAUGUUUGAGUGGGUUGGUGCCGGGGUCUGCCGAUGCACUGAAGCUUCAGCGUGCCGUUUGUCUGCAGGGAGCCGAACAGCUCUCCGCUAUCUGGGGUGACACAGUGGUCGAUAAUCAACUGCAAGCGUUCGAAGAGUUGGUGCGCGAAGAGGUAGGCUAUAGUGCAACUCGCCAUUAUCAGUGCGUUCAAACGAGUGAUCAGUUGCUGUUGACGGAGGUAAGGAGCCUGUGGAGAGCUAUUGCCGGUUGCUUCAGCUAAUGGAGGCGCAUGGUGUUUUUCGCCUUGAAGAUAGAGGUGGUGAUACAGUGGUGGUGAUAGAGUGGGAACCAACGCGUCGUUGUUGUCUUUCAAAAGAAUUAAUAAAUGAACAGGCGAAAUUUAAUGUAAAGCAUGAUCAA